CUCUUAGCUUUCCAUUAUCCACCUCCUCAUGCACUCUUAUCAUCUUCGCUCUCUUUCUCCAAAGAAACCAAGAACAACAACAACAACAACAACAACAACAAUGGCGUCUCUAUCUCUCCGUUUCCUCAUCUAUCUAUUCCUCCUCCUCCUCUGCAUCCACUCGUCGGAGCAGCAGCAGCAACCACUGAACCCAGUCACAGUCCCUGCCCACCCAACCUCCGACGAUCUCUUCAACCAAACAUGCCAUCUGGACCUCUCCGCCGAACUCUUCGGAGGAGUCGCCGAAGCCUGUGGCCAAACCCUCGACCGUGGCCGCUGCUGCCCUGUCCUCGCCGCAUGGCUCUUCGCCGCCCACGCACGCUCCGCCCUCGACCUUCACAGCGGACAGGAGCAAACCCCUUCCAUCAACCCCACCGCCGCCGGCGAUGUCCUUCCUGUCAUGCCUGACUCCGACUCUCAGCGCUGCGUGGACGCGCUGCAGAGCUCGUUAACCAGCCGUGACAUUCGCCUGCCGAAGCCCAACGCGACAUGUGAUACAGUGCUAUGUUUCUGUGGCAUUAGGCUUCAUGAUCUUGGCUCCUUGAGUUGCCCGGCGGCGUUUAAUGUAUCCGGCCACCGGAAUGCCACUCCGACGCCGGCGCUGAAGGAGUUGGAACGGAGCUGUGGCAAUGCUUCCUAUGCUGGCUGUACUCGUUGCCUUGGGGCUCUUCACAAGCUGGAGGAGAACGAGAAAAAUGAGACUAGGAGCAGCAGGAUGAUGAAUAGGGACUGCCAGCUCAUGGGGCUGACGUGGCUGCUGACUAGGAACAGGACGGCCUUCAUCCCAACGGUGUCCGCUGUCCUGCGGGCCAUUCUAUACACUAAUCAUCCGCAGCAAUACACGUACACAUGUAGCCCGGACCAAGAGAACAUGCCUCUCGCCGUCGAUUCCCUCCAGUUCCGCAACCUCGACUCCUCCUCCGCUUCGUACUAUCCUCGCUUCGCCCUCAACCAUUACCCUUAUUCCAUCCAUGUCCUCAUCUUCUAUCUUCUGUUAUUCCAGUAUUAGUACUUUAGUAGUAGUCUUCACUGUAUAUCUUUCUUUUCAACUAAAAUAUAUGACAACCCUUUUUGAUACAAACAUAUAUCCUAACCUAAUACUUGAUUUUAACAUAAACAGUCUUUAAGUAA